GCUGCCAUACCCCACCACAGGUGUUUAGGAAAACAACUUCGUAAAUAAAGCUCUUUUAAAGGAAAUAAUAAAUAAAACAAUGUAUUUAAAUAAGUUGACCACAAGAAAUUAUUAAUGAUUGGCUAUUUAAAAUUAAUGUUAACACAAAAUUGAAAGACAUCGAUGCAUCGAUAGUGCAAUCGAUCGAUGUUUGUUCAGAUCAACAAUUAAACUUUGCCAACAUUUUAUUGCUGAUUGAAGAUGACGCAAGUACUCAAAAGAGUUUUUGUUUAUGGCACACUUAAACGUGGCGAGCCUAAUCACAUUUGGCUUACCACAAAGGAGAAUGGCGUUUCUCAGUUUGUGGCCAAGGGCAAAACAGUGGCCAAGUUUCCUUUGGUGAUCGGUACUCGCUACAACAUUCCAUUUCUACUGAAUAAACAGGGAGUUGGACACCAGAUUGAGGGUGAGAUCUACGAAGUGGAUGAUGCCAUGUUUGCCCGACUGGAUGUGCUGGAGGAUUACCCCAAAUACUACGAUCGAGAGCCACAAGCCAUAGUGACGGAGCACAACGAGACAUUAGAUUGCUGGCUAUAUCUCAUACGUAAAUUUCCGGAGAGCAUGCUGGAAAAGCCACUUCUUACUAGCUAUCACAAUACGCCGGAGCAGGCAUAUUCCGAGAAGUCAGUUCGCGAUCCAGCAAUUCCGGCUAGAGAUGAUCUUGCUUAUUAAUCUUGUCAUUGAAUUGCAUUGCAGCUAUGCGGACAGCACCGCGGAUGAUCUGUUCAACUAAUCUGUUCUGACUAAUCGAAUGAUUCCAACUCCAAAUCGCAUUUUUGGCCAAAAAGAGUCUUAAAAAUAAUUAAAUGACCUAACUUGAUGGAAUCAUAUUGGUAGAGCAAACUAAUUAUGUAUUAGAUUGGAUCUAUAAGUCAGGGAUUGUAAAUAAUGAAUUAAAAAUUCAGAAUAUUUUGUAACUAGAUGUAUUUUCACAAAGUUAGGCCAUAAUCAAUUUAUUUGAGCAAAAAAAAGUGA